AUGGGUAUUGUUGUUCUUUUGGUUUAUGUUGAUGAUAUUGUGAUCACUGGUUCCGAUUCUGCUUUACUUGGUCAGCUCAAAACUCAUCUCUCCGAGUCCUUUCAUAUGAAAGAUCUUGGGUCUCUCACAUAUUUUCUUGGUCUUGAGGUGCAUCAUAGUCCCUCUAGUAUUUCCCUCAAUCAACAUAAGUAUGCAAGUGACUUGGUGGCUACAGCUGGUCUACAAGGGGCUACUUCUGUUGAUACUCCCAUGGAAUUAAAUGUCAAGCUUUGUAAAGAGGAAGGCGACUUACUUGCUGAUCCCAGUUUAUACAGGAAGUUGGUGGGUAGUCUUGUUUAUCUCACCAUUACUAGACCGAACAUUUCUUUUGCUGUACAGCAAGUCAGCCAGUUCCUUCAGACUCCUCGUCAUCUUCAUUUGGCUGCUGUCCGUAGGAUCAUACGCUAUGUUCAAGGCACUUCUACUCGUGGCUUGUUCUUCCCUGCAGGCAAUUCUACUCACCUUGCUGCUUAUAGUGAUGCUGAUUGGGCUGGUUGUGCGGAUACCCGUCGUUCCAUCACUGGUUGGGUUCACUAUACUGCAUGGUGCAUCUUCGGUCAUCCCAUUUUCAUUUCGAGUUUAGGUGGCUCAGUUUCUGCUAUUCGCAAAACGGGUUCUUGA